CGUCCAUCCUUCCAUCUUUUUCUUCAUUCGUCCGACAGCCGAUGCCGAAGUGCCUGCGUUCGUGCCGGAUUAUCGCUCCAGAUUAUUCGUUUUUUUCCCCCUGAUUAUUCCUCUGCUUCAGGGUCUUCCAGGCGAGAAAGUUUAGAACCUGAGGAGAAAGGGACAUCGGUGAGACCCUCUAUUUUUCCUCUUUCUUUUUUUUAACAAGUGUGGAAACUUUAGCCUCAUCUGUGUUUGGGGGGUCCGGGGCCAAGGCACGCGGGGUGGGAGGGGAGGGCAGGGCAGGGCAGGGAUCGGGGUCCAUAUCGCCAUGAUUCCUUCUGCCUCUUCGACUUCUCUGCUGUUUGUUCUUGUGGAAAUGUAAAGGCGCGGAUUUCCGAAAAUGGACUCGUUCCAAACUCAGAAGAGGAUAAUGAUGAUAAUGAUGAUGAAGAGGAAACCCAGAGAGAGGACACACUCUUACAGAACUUAACACUUCUACCUCUGCAGGCAUUUUUUGUUGUUGUAGCUAAACCAAAGCUUGAGGAUCUUUGAGGAGCUCUGGAUCUCCGAGAAGAAACUUCGUCCCUGUGUUAGGAAACAGAGUAAGCGAGUGAGCAGAAUCUCAGUCCGAACCUCGGUCCAACCCCCCUCCCACAGCUGAGAGGGGGGGGAAGAUGGCAGCUCUCGCCAGCUCUUUAAUCAGACAAAAACGGGCGGUGAAGGACGAUCAGGCCAACCGACCGAUCGCCAACAAGCGCAGGCCAUGCCCCAAGAGCAACAAGUCGCUGUGCCAGAAACAGAUCCUUGUCCUCAUCUCUAAAGUACGGCUAUGUGGAGGACGACGCAGCAGAACCGACAUAAGACCAGAGCCACAGCUAAAAGGGAUCGUCACACGCCUGUACAGUCAGCACGGCUUUUACCUCCAGAUGCAGCCAGAUGGAACUAUGGACGGCACAAGAGAUGAGACCAGCUCCUUCUCUCAAUUCAACCUAAUCCCUGUGGGUCUGAGGAUUGUGGCCAUUCAGGGGGCAAGGACGGGGCUCUACCUGGGCAUGAAUAGUGAGGGCUACCUCUACACCUCCGAGCACUUUACAUCAGAGUGUAAGUUUAAAGAGAGCGUGUUUGAGAACUACUAUGUGACGUACUCGUCCAUGCUGUACCGUCAGAGCCAGUCAGGUCGCUCAUGGUACAUUGGCAUCAACCGUGAAGGCCAGGUAAUGAAGGGCAACCGAGUGAAGAAGACCAAAGGUGCUGCUCAUUUCCUACCCAAGGUCAUCGAAGUUGCCAUGUACAAGGAACCUUCUCUGCAUGCGCUGGAGUCUGAGCAGAGCCCGCCACGAAAGACAGCCAAGACGUCGGACGUGCAGCAGGAUGAACGCAAUGUGGUGCAGAAGUCCGACACUUCCUUAUAACAAAGGGAGGUCAGAAGGAGUGGGAGGCGGAGCUUAAAAACUCCAACAAUUCCAGGAACUCGGUUUCCCAUCAUGCACCUCCCACACUGUCAUGGUGGGACCUGGGAGAGGAGAUUCCUUUCGUCUUCCUUCCUUCUGAUUCAGCAUGAGCUUCCUCAGCACCGACGUCACACUUUUACACUCCAGAUUCCCAGCAUGCAUAAUCCCUGUGGAACAAGAUGGCGACCGCCUCAGCAAUGCUGGUGUUUAUUUUUACAUCAGUGGUUUAUUAUUUUAGAUUUUGUUCGUGCUGUAUGUCAGUGUCUAACCAGUCAGUGUUGCUCAAAAAAUACGUUUUUGUCACUUGCUUCAAAUCAUCGUAACAGUCCUCGAUUUGCUACAUUUGUCUGAAGACCAAACACUUCUGCAUACAAUUCUUUUUCAUUUCCACAUGCUAGAAUUCAAAUCGUAAUUUUUUAAAGUUAAGGAUGAAAGGGUGACACAUUUAACAAUUUUUUUUCAUAUUGUAAACUAAACGGAAACUAGUUUUAUAUUUUUUUUCAGAAGGGACAGCAGUAAUCUCCUGGUAAAUUUCACCAGCUAUCUUACUACCUUAUUAUGCUGUAGCUUGUAUUUAAAGCUAAUUACCUAGUAGCAACAACUACAUGCAUUAACAUUAGCUAGCUAAAAAUUGGCUCUUAAAUAAAUUCAGCUAGCUCCUAAAAGUAAAUGCGAGCAGGAACUCAGUCGGUCAGUUUGUUUAUGUUUUUCUAUUCGCUGUCAGUUUUUUGUUCUGUACUCUUUCAGUCACCAGCAGAAAAAGAAAAAUGCAAUGUGGAAAAAAAAAAUGUAGGACAGUGAAUUUCACAAAGAUAAGGAGGAUGAGAAUGUGAAUAUUAGCUACGCUAACGCUUUCUAAAUUUAGAGCUUCACAAAUCUAUUUUUAUUUUAGGUUUUAGUCAGAGCCAGAUACGCAUUCGUUAUUCUGCUGAUCCUGAUCCCAAUAAUCCUGGGUAUUUCAGGCCUGAUUGCUUGUAUUGUUCACAAUGCAUUAUAGGAAAUAUGGGCCGAAGUCUGAAAUGAUUAGCGUUUGCGGGGUUUAUUGACACGGUGCCGUCUGCUAGUGUGUGUGUGUGAGUGUGAUUUAUGUGAAUUGCUAGUCCAUUUGCUUUCCUUUUUACACACAUGCUCAUGCUAAUCCUCUCAGAGCAUUUACCAAAUACACUCACACACACACACACACACACACACACACACACACACACACACACACACACACACACUUUCAACCAAAGGAUGUCCUUCACCCGAGCUAAAUGUAGCUGUGUGUAAUGAAAAACAAUAUAAUGCUAGCUGUGUGGUUGGGGGCCAGAGAUGAGCCCUGACAAGAGUUAUGUAUUGUUAGCAUGGCGAGAGCAUCGUCUCGGGGUCCACUGACGGAUUAGCAUACUGAAAUUUUUAAACAUGCAACCUAGCAUCUGUUUUAAUUCAAAUUGUAAAAAAAAAAAAAUACAUGAAAGAAUCUUGAAAUAAGAGGGAAAAAUAUUUUUUAAAAACAAGUUAUGCAACUGAUCCACAUCAAAUCUUUUUUUAAAACGUGAAUUUUUUUAAAAAUAUGAUAAAAUGAACCGAACGUCAACGAUUAUAGUGAGGAGUUUGUGAAAGUAUAUGAACGUUACAGUACGUGAAGGGAAAUGUUUCUGCAGUUAGACCACGGUAAAUACAAGGUCAAGUGAAGGUCAUCACGUAUCAGCACAGUCGUCGUUAAGGUCGUCCCUAAAUGUGAACAAAAUGCUCAGGAAGGUUGCAGGGAAUGAUUUUGAAAGUCGAAAAUAAAUGGUAGUUGCAGUGAGAUGGGAGGUCAAGAGGUAAAUGGCUUUAAGGUUAUAUGAAGGUCACUGGUGUGAUGUCUAAUAGAGUCACAGAUAAUCAGGAAUGUCAAGCCUGAAACUUUAUUUGAGAGGACUUAAGAACGUUGACGAGUGUUGUUGCAGGUUGUAAAACAGAACGGGCAAAAUGAUUUCAAGGUCACAGGAUGUAGACGAAUCAUGAGGAAGGUGAAAGUGAAGUCUGACGUGUAACAGAACGUAGUGUGAGAAAGCUUUAGUGUAUAAAAAAGAGAGAACCCAGACAUUUGAGACAGAUUUAGGCUUAAUAGCAUUUAGUACAAAGAGUAAAACAGUUUUAAGCUUUCCUCAAAUUUUAGUGCAUGGAGUGAGACGGUUUUAGGUUAAAAUCUUCUUUUAGUGCAGGGAGUGAGACGGUUUUAGGCAUAAGUCUACUUUAAGUGCAGGAAGUGAGACAGUUUUAGGUUUUGAAUCUAAUUUAAGUGCAGAGAUUGAGACAGAUUUAGGCAUUAAUCCACUGUAAGUACAGAGAGUGAGACCAUUUUAGGCAUUAAUCUAGUUUACGUGCAGAUAAUGAGACAUAUUUCAGCUUUCCUUGAAUUUUAGCUCUGAGAGUUAGACAGUUCUUGGUGUUACCGUACUUGAAGAGUAAUUUGCCGAGAGUGAGACAGUUGUUUGUGUUAAUGUAAUUCUAGUGCAGAGAGUGAGAUUUUUUUUAGGUUUACCCUCAAGUUUAGUUCUGAAAAUGAGAGUUUUUGGCAUUUAUGUGGUUUUAAGAGUGAAUGUUUUAGGUUUUAAUGGCAUUUAGUGCAGGGAGUGAGACUGUUGUGGGUGUUACUUUAGUUCCAGGUUAGAAAGUGAGACAGCUGCAGGCAUUAGUGUAGUUUCACUUUAGGAAGUGAGACAGUUGGGGAUGUUAUUGUUAUUGCAGGUUAGAGAGUGAGACAGCUGUAGGCAUUACUGUAGUUUCAAGUUAGAGAGUGAGACAGUUGUGGGCGUUACUGCAUUUUCAGGUUAGAGAGUGAGACAGCUGUAGGCAUUAUUGUAGUUUCAGGUUAAAGAGUGAGACAGUUGUGGGUGUUACUGCAUUUUCAGGUUAAAGAGUGAGACAGCUGUAGGCAUUAUUGUAGUUUCAGGUUAGAGAGCGAGACAGUUUGAGGCUCAGAAGCUGCUUUAUUGGGAUUUUUUUUUUAUUGGGCUGAGCUAGCAGAAGUGGAGGUUCCUCAGAGGAACACAAGGACGAAUAAGGAUCAUAUGCGCACACACACACACACACACACACACACACACACACACACACACACACACACACGCACAAACACUUCCUCUGAAGUCACGCUCCACUUCCUGAGCAAGCUCCCCGAACCCUGUUCUGCGUGUCCAGCGUCCAUUAACCUUCACUGAGUCUGUAUGUGUGUGUGUGUGUGUGUGUACGGAGAGAUAGAAAAAGAGGGAGAGAUAGAGACAGAGAGAGAGAAGGAGCAGUAACGAUCGAUUGAGUCAAUGAAAAGUGGAGAGCAAGAGAACAGCGCAGUGAGCAGAAGGACAUUCUGAAGCACACCCUGAAUUCGGGAGCAAUUCUGCAGAGGGAAUCUCCAGUCACAUGACCUGUGAUCCAAUAACUCUUAACAUGCCCUCGUCCACUUCCCCUAGGUGACUAGUGUGUCAUGAAGAGGGACAUCUACCUUCUACAAAUCCUUUAUAAAUCCAUGUCAUUCUAGCUUGCUGUCUUGCUGAUCAGUUAGUUUAGUAAAAGCUGCAUGAGGAGACCCAGCAGAUGAGACGUUUGACAUAUUUAUGUUAAUAUCAGAACCUAAGAGUCAUGAGCAUCUUUACAACAAAGAUUUCUAUUAUUUAUAUAUUUCUUUAAAAAUUUCUCUCAGAAAUCUCACCUGGAUAGCAGACUAACAAAAUCCGAAAAUACACACCUACUCACACCAAUCCUAUAUAGCCACACCCACUCAGAGCAACUCUCAUUUCCAUAUAUAGUCGUAAAAACACACCCACAAUCCUUUAUAGUCACACCCACUCAGAGAUGGGUUCAAAUACACACACUAUCCUAUCACCUAUCAUUACUACUUCUAAUUUAUAUAUAAACUUACAGACACAUCCACAACCUUAUGAAGCCACACCCAACCAACGCUACACCUUUUAACAUACAUUAACAUGGAGACAAGUCAUAAGCCACACCCAGUCCUUUCCAAAUAUGGCUUAAAGGCACACACAAAUAUGCAUAUAAUCGUUCUAUUUUAGGACAUCCCAGAAUCCUAGAUAGCCACGCCCAUUUAGAGCCGCAUCAUCACUCCUCCCUGAUAAAAUAAUUAUCCUUAAAGAUUGUCGUCAAGGACACAAGGAAGAAAUGGGAAAGAAGUUGACGAGGGUGCAGUAAAAACAGUAUUGGAACGGGGCCAUGAAUUUAUCCCCAGCCAAAUUUCCCAUCAUCCCCAGUGUCUCCACCUGCCUCAGGGCUCCUUCCCUCUCUGUAUCUCUCUCUCUCUCUCUCUCUCUCUCUCUCUCUCUCUCUCUCUUUUUUUUUUCUCUCUCUAUCUCUCCAUCAUGAAUCAGGCCAGGCACAGAGACAUCUCAAGGACACGCUCGGGCACUCGCCGCUUCCUUUGCCCCCUUGACUAAAGAAAGCAAACGAGCUGCAAACACAAUUUUUUAACGAUCCUGUAUUUUUAUGACAAAUAAAGAAUUUCAUAUGAUUAUCUCAGAGAAUUAAAGAACACAUUUAAAGGUAAUAUAAAGCAAAUAGAAAGAAUUGAUAAACGGCCGUAUAAUUGCUUGGCCUUAUUUUGACAAUAUAUAAAGGAGCCAUAAUGAACAUAUGUACAGAAACUUUUAUUUAUUUCUCUGUAGAAAAAAAAAAGAGUUCCAGAAACACACUAACGAUGCUAAUGAUGAUUUAAGGUGCUUCUUUCACCAAUUAAUUCAUACAGCUAUAAUUAUCUUUCUACUUUGUACAGAAAAAAACGUGAAAAAUUAAUUGUUAUUUUUAAUAUUUCAUUUUCUGUGAAUGUUCUUUGGCUCUGGUUUAUAUGAUUUUUAGCAUUGGUGUUGGUCCUAAAAGGUCCACAGAAGACUUAAUGAUGGGCAUGUGCCAAUAUUCAGCCACUUGUCUUCCCCCCUAUUAACUGUAAAGUGACCAAAUCACAAGUCUCGACCCUAGCAAGCAAUAGCUAAUAUAGCUAGUAAAAGCUAACCUUGCUAGCAGUAAUGACCUAUUAGCAUAUGAGGCCACACCCAUUGCAACUGUUCUUUACUAGUUUGGACAAUUUUUUAGAAAAUUUGAAAAAAGCUAUUUUAAUAUUUGUCUCAUUCAAACUUUGCUUACUCCCUCAAAAAACAAACAAAAAAUCAAACAGUGUGCAUUGCGUCAAAGCUACAUCACCUUGACAACAAUAUUGGGCUUGUCAAAUAAUGCAUCAUACUGUUUAAAUGAAUAUGAGCACAUGCCUUCUCAGAUAUUUUGAUUCCUGUCUAAUGAUAGCUAUGUUUUGGUGAUGCGAGUAUCUGCUGGGAUUUGUUUUGUUUGAUCACCGCUUUGUGAUCAUGACUUAAUGAAAAGAAAAAAAAAAAACACAUCGCAAAUCUAUUGCUUUAAACUUUUUUUGGCCUCGUCGCCUUUGUGUUCUGGAGUUGGCAGCUUGGCCCCGCCCUGAAAAAAUCUUUUAACU